AUGAGAUCUAAACGAGAAAGAAGAGAAAAAAGUGAGAGAUCACAUAGGAAAUCGAGAAGAUCGACAAGAGAGAACGAUGAUUUGAAGAAAAAGAAAAGUAAAAUAAGCCAAAUAAGUAUGAAAAGUUCCCGAAGUAAGAGAAACAAGAAGGAUCGGAGCAAACGGGGAAGUUCGAGAAGCAAAAGUAAGAAGACAGUUUCUGCUCGGAAACUAGAUGAGAAGAAAGAAGGAUCCAAGAGAGGAAGUUCGCGAAGUAAGAACCAAAUCAGUUCCCGUCGAGUGGAAGGAUCGAAUCGUGAUGGAUCCAGAAGAGGAAGUGUUCGAAGUGAGAAGAAACUCGAGAAAAAGCAAAGUUCUAGAAGCAACAAAGAAAAAAAUGGAAGUGUCAAAAGUCAGAAGUACUCUCCUUUGAAUAAGAAGAAGAGCAAUAAAAGUAAUAAAAAGGAGAAAUCAAAGAAAGGCUCUCAAAAAAGCGUCAAGAAAGCUGAAUCUGUAAAGGAAAUCAAGUCAGAUGAAGCUAAAACACCACCAUAUGCUGCUCCUUCAAAUGAUGUUCGUUCUGUGUACUUGGACACUGGAAAAUCUUCCUAUUCAACUCCAAAUCCCUCGUCCGUCAAUCCCAAUUCUAUUUAUGUAAACGAUCCGAAACCAGUGAAGAGUGUACGUAGUGAUUUGGCUGAUUCAGUGACUCCAGAAGAUAAAAAGAAGACGAUGAGAAGUACAGUAUCUCCAGAUGGUGAAUCAAAGAAGCGUAGUAAUAAGGCUGUCACUCCAAACAAGAGUAAGAAAUCACAGAAAGAUUCAAAACGUUCAAACAGGUCUGAAGUCAACAAUAGUGUUAGAACGAAAACUUCAAAGAAUGUGUCCAAGAAAACUGUGGAGUCUCGGAAGUCCAAAAGAAAGUGA